AUGGAUUGGGACCAGUUUGACUUGAACCCUAAAGUAAUUGCUGCCCUUAAGAAAGCUGACUUAAAAUCAAUAAAAGAGAUUUUAAGUCUUUCUGGAGCAGACUUGCAAAGACUGAUGAAACUGUCCAGUGCGGAUGUACAGUGCUUACUGAAAACAGUUUCUCACAUGGUGAGGAGAAACAGUGCGCUUACAGCACUACAGCUUUACCAAGAUACAGAUCAUCUCACUUCCCAACACCAGAAGCUAAGCCUAGGAUGUUCAGUACUAGAUAACUUGUUAAAAGGAGGCAUUCCUUUAGUGGGAAUCACAGAACUUGCCGGGGAGAGUUCUGCUGGGAAAACUCAGAUUAGUUUACAGCUAUGCCUUUGUGUGCAGUAUCCUUACAAAUAUGGUGGACUAGAGUCUG